AUGGCCAAACCAAUCGAAAAGAUGGGUGCGGACGAAAUCCUCAACGUUAGCAAGAAGCUCUUCUACGGCGGAUUCUGUCUCCUCCCCUUCCUUUGGGUCUACAAUGUCCUCUACAUCUGGCCUGUUCGGCAUCGCAGCGACCUCAGUCCUCAAAUCAGGCACUACCUUUUGAUGUCCGGUAUCCUGGCGACUUUGCUUUUCAUUAUCUUUUCAACAUGGUUCGGGAUUUUUGUCAAUCAUCGCUUGAGCUGGGGCGCUACAGGAGAUCUUUUGACCGUGGUUUUGGUCAAAGGCGCUUGA